AUGCACCAAUCGGGUGCCACGUCAGCGGGGCCUGCUGCUGACGUGGCCCUCUCUGAUUGGCUGCCUGUAGUGGAGCUGGUGCUAGUGUCAGACGAGGAAGCAGCGACGGCCAUGCCGAAAGUGCUGCCACACGUGUGCAGGUUGAUAGCAGAGAGCGCAGGGUCGUUUGUCAGCUCAGUGCCACGUCACCUGUUGGAGUAUUCAUAUGAGAGCGCUGAGAGCUUCUAUGACGAGGUGGUAACGGCCAUGCUCGGCACUUCGCCCUCGUUGCCAACGGGGGGUGACAAUAAAGGGACGGAGGAGCACUCCUGCCCCUACUCCAUCCUCGGGAUUGCCAAGAGUGCUGCUCCCUCUCAGGUGCUGCUUAUAGCGCUGCUCCCUCCCAGGUGCUCCCUCGCUGGUGCUGCCUCCCAGGUGCUCCCUGUCUGGUGCUCCCUCUCAGGUGCUCGCUCUAAGGUGCUCACUCUAAGGUUCUCCCUCUUAGGCGCUCCCUCUCAGGUGCUGCCUCACAAGCCCUCCCUCAUGGGUGCUCCCUCCUCGCAGGUUUUGCACUCUCCUUGUGCCUUGAAUUCCUCCGCCAACCCAUCCAGUGUGUUCUUGUGA